AUGGACAGUGGAGAAACCUGUGAAGCAGAGAUUUCCAGUAUAGAAAAAGACAAUGAAAAGCAGUUGCAGACCAAAUUUUUAGUGUUAAUUGACCAGUUGAAGUUGGAAGAGAGACUCCACACAAAAAAAUCUUAUGAAUGUAAGGAGUGUGGAAAAAAGUUUCCUCGUAAGUCAAGCCUAAUGAUACAUGAGAGGGUCCACACAGGGGAGAAACCUUAUGAUUGUAGGGAGUGUGGAAAAGCUUUUACUCGUAAGUCAAACAUGACCGCACAUCACAGAAUGCACACUGGGGGAAAACCUUAUGAAUGUAUUGAGUGCGGGAAAUACUUUUCUUAUAAGCAACACCUCAUUGCACAUCAGAGAAUCCACACUGUGGGAAAACAUUAUGAAUGUAGUGAGUGUGGAAAAGCUUUUCUUCAUAAGUCAAGCAUGAUCAUACAUCAGAGAAUACACACAGGGGAAAAACCUUAUGAAUGUAGUGAGUGUGGAAAAGCUUUUAUUCGUAAGUCACACCUCAUUACUCAUCAGAGAAUCCACACAGGGGAAAAACCUUAUGAAUGUAGUGAGUGUGGAAAAGCUUUUAUUCAUAAGUCAAACCUCAUUCCUCAUCAGAGAAUCCACACUGGGGAGAAGCCUUAUGAAUGUAGUGAGUGUGGGAAAGGUUUUUCUGAUAAGCCACAGCUUUUUAGACAUCAGAGAAUCCACACUGGGGAGAAACCUUAUGCAUGUAGUGAGUGUGAAAAAGCUUUUAUUCUUAAGUCACACCUCAUUACUCAUCAGAGAAUCCACACUGGGGAGAAGCCUUAUGAAUGUAGUGAGUGUGGAAAAGCUUUUAUUCGUAAGUCAAACCUCAUUACUCAUCAGAGAAUCCACACUGGGGAGAAACCUUAUGAAUGUAGUGAGUGUGGGAAAGGCUUUUCUGAUAAGCCACAGCUUUUUAGACAUCAGAGAAUCCACACUGGGGAAAAACCGUAUGAAUGUAGUGAGUGUGGAAAAGCUUUUUCUGAUAAGUCAAACAUGACAUCACAUCAGAGGAUCCACACUGGGGAGAAACCUUAUGGAUGUAGUGAGUGUGGAAAAUCUUUUCUUCAUAAGUCAAGCAUGAUCAUACAUCAGAGAAUCCACACUGGGGAGAAACCUUAUGAAUGUAGUGAGUGUGGGAAAGGCUUUCCUUAUAAGCCACACCUCAUUAGACAUCAGAGAAUCCACACUGGGGAAAAACCGUAUGAAUGUAGUGAGUGUGGAAAAGGCUUUUCUCGUAAGCCACACCUCAAUACUCAUCAGAGAAUCCACACAGGGUAAAAACCUUAUGAAUGUAGUGAGUGUGGAAAAGCUUUUAUUCGUAAGUCAAACUUCAUUACUCAUCAGAGAAUCCACACUGGGGAGAAGCCUUAUGAAUGUAGUGAGUGUGGAAAAUCAUUUUCUGGUAAGUCAAGCAUUAGAUCACAUCAGAGAAUACACACAGGGGAAAACCUUGUGAAUGUAGUGAGUGUGGAA